AUGUUGAGAGUUUCGUCAAUUUGCGGCAUUCCUGCGCGACGAAAACGGCAGUAUCGAUCUUACAGUCCUACUCAACUUCAAACUGCUUACCUAGAAGUAAUUGAAAAAGGGGUUUCUGUGUAUAAGGCUGCUAAGAUACACUCUGUACCUGAACAAACUCUUACGGACCGUGUGAAAAGCAUCACUUCGCCAGAAUGCUUGUCUUCAGGUCCAGGACCGCUAUUAAGUCAAGAAGAAGAGGCUCGUCUUGUCAGUCAUUUGAAACUUAUGGCGUCUGUCGGAUAUGGCUACACCAGGGCACAAGUUAUCUCCCUUGGGACGGAGUAUGCUAUCACUUUGGAUAAAAGAACCAAGCAAGACAAUAAUCUGUCUUUGCAGUGGUUUUAUAGCUUCAUGGGCAGAUGGCCAGAACUGAAACUGAGACGUCCUCGUUCACUCACACAACUUCGAGCUACAGCAACAUCAGAGGAAAAUGUCGAGAAGUAUUUCUCGCAGCUGGAAGAAGUCCUUGACAAGUACCAGUUAAAGUCAAGCCCAGAGAUGAUCUACAACGUUGACGAGAAGGGGAUAAAUUUAACACACUCAGCACCCCAAGUUGUUGGAUCGUCUACUGAGGUUCCCAUCGAGAUCUGUCCUGAAAAAUCGGCUACUGUAACAGUUCUUGGGUGCGGUAACGCCAUCGGCCAGAAGAUCCCACCCUUCUUCAUUUUUCCUGGGACUCGUAUGCGGGAUGACUUGCUCGAAGGAUCCAGCGUUGGUACAUCUGGAACUGUCAGUGAGAGUGGUUGGUCCAAUUCCGAUAUUUUCCAACGUUGGAUGGUUGAACACUUCUCAAGAUACGCCAAUAUCGGAAACGAGAAGAAAGUCCUGCUACUCUAUGAUGGACACCGUUCACAUAUAACACCAACACUCAUUGAUUUUGCUGUGUCAAAGGGGAUUAUCUUGUUUGUGUUGCCACCGCACACAAGUCAUGUACUUCAACCCAUGGAUGUUGGUUGUUUUGGACCAUUUACCAAGAUUUUCAGCGCCGAAUGCAGGAAAUAUCAACGUUUGAAUUCCGGAACCGUCAAUAGGUACAGCGUUUGUGGACUUGCAUGCAAAGCAAAUGAACUCUCUCUCUCUUCAUUCAACUUGCAGAGCUCAUUUCGGAAAUGUGGGAUAUUUCCUUUCAAUCCAGCGUCUAUUGACAGAUCUUUCCUCAAGCCAUCGACCUAUGCUAAGGAACAAGCGGAAAAAACAUCAGAGGAAUCACACACAGACCUCGCCGAUCCCGAUUUCUUUGAUGAACAUCUUCCCGUGGUCACUCUUAAGAAGUCUCAGAAACCACGUCGGUCCAUACAUAAGAUCGUCGGCGGUCAAGCUAUCACAGAGCCGGCUAUAUCUACACAGGUCAUGGAAUAUGUAAAUCAGACUAAAAGGCCAUCUGCGACUCGUGCGAAAUCUUCAGCUGCCCGAAACAAAGGACAGAUCUCGAUGGGAACCUCAACAUCAAACAGAAGAAAUCUACUGCCGGGGGGAAAAAACAGAAAUCAGGUCGCUCAUCAGUCGCCAAUAAGUCUCAUUCUUCCCCGAAACCUUGACCAUCUGGUAAUGACAAGCUGCUUAUAUCCAGCGACGAUGACCGCUCUGAUUCAGAUGUAA